CGUGAAGACACUGCACUCGCCAUUGGAUGACUCAACUAAUAUUCCAUCAUUGACCUAAUUCUGGACCGCUUUCCGCGCUUCCAUCUAAUCAGAUCAUCGAAAAGAGUACGGCCCAACAUAUGGCUGCCGGUGGUUUUAUCUGAUCAUCUGAUUCCGACGUCGCGCGAGGCCGCUUUGGCGCGACAAACGGAGCACUUGUACACGCGCCCCUGGCCACACCCGGGCAUCCACCCAUACAUAUGGCUAACGAGGACGGGUGCGGGUCAUCUUCGUCGCUUGCUCUCUCGCCUGCCCAUCCUUCUGGAAACACGCGACACGACCGUCCUCCCGUCUCUCAAGGCAGCUACGAGUUGCAGCCUCUGCCUGACAAAGCAAAGAAAGCAAGGAACAUAGCCACGUCCGAAACCCCUUCUGAUGACGAUCUUGAUUCGCCAGCUGGCCGCCCCGAGACUCCUACACGAUCCGUCAAGACAGCAAUGUCAAGAGUACCUCUCUUGGUGAGAUCGAGCCCGGCGCAGGGAACAGGUUCAUAUGGCGGCCUACCUAUUCUUUCCUCCAGUCCAGAGGAGACUGAUGAAAACAAUGUGAUUAAAAACUCAAGAAAGAAAAAAGGAAAGAGUAGACUUUCGCAUAGUGAGCCCUCACUACUUUCGGAUCACCAUCAAAAUGAUUCGACACGAAGUGAGCCAAUCCUUUCAGGCGCUACGAAAUCACGUCACAGGACGGGUGACGCCAGUCGUAGCAGCACGACGCUCGGUGUAGCCUCUAGUGGCCAGGACUUUGAAGCUAGGUUCAACGCAAGCGGUCUUGAUCCUUCUACCGCCGGCGCGCCACUGACGGACGAUUUACACGAUAUGAAGGGUAGCCCGUCUGAUAAUUCGCCCUACGCCCAAGUGAGGGCAUCCGUCGCUGCUACCGAUGACCUCUCCCUGUCCAUUGAUACCCCGCGCAUGUGGUUCCUGUCGAUUCUGUUUUCCAUCGCCGGUUCUUCAACCAACUUGUUCUUUUCCCUACGAUACCCCAGCGUUAGUCUUACUCCUAUUAUUGCACUACUACUCGUCCACCCUCUCGGUCUGCUUUGGGACCAACUCUUCAAACGACACGACGAUCCUGAAGAAACCUUUGUCGAUGGUUGCUCUCAGGCAACAUCGCAUCCUCCACAGGCAAAAGCCACUUGGAAACGCCGGUUACGGCUCUGGCUAGGCCAAGGCCGUUGGAAUGAAAAGGAACAUUGUUGCGUCUAUGUCAGCAGCAAUGUAUCCUUUGGCUUUGCCUUCGCGACAGAUGUCAUCGUUGAGCAAGUCAAGUUUUACAAGCAAGACCUUGGCAUCAUGUACCAAAUAUUGCUUAUUCUCUCCACACAAAUACUUGGCUACUCCCUUGCCGGUAUCACCAGACGUUACCUGGUCCGACCCAGCGGCAUGAUCUGGCCGAGCACACUGGUAUCAACCGCCAUGUUCACCGCGUUACAUAAAGAUGAAAACAAGCCUGCCGAUGGCUGGACCAUCGCUCCACGCAAGUUCUUUUCGCGCAUAUUCGCAGGAUCCGUUGCCUUCUACUUCCUACCUGGUCUCCUAUUCCCAGCAUUGAGUUAUUUCAAUGUCAUCACCUGGUUCGCGCCAAAGAGCGUUGUUGUUGCCAACCUGUUCGGAAUCUCAUCUGGUCUUGGGUUGUUCCCAGUGACUUUCGAUUGGGCACAGAUCGCAUACAUUGGCUCCCCGUUGAUUACACCAUUCUGGGCUGCUAUGAACAUUCUUGGAGGCCUUGUAGGCGUGAUGUGGAUUGCAGCGCCGAUCAUGUACUACAAGAACGUCCUCUACUCUUCCUAUAUGCCCAUCUUAUCAUCCGCUGUAUGGGAUAAUCGCGGCAAGCCGUACGACGUUAGUAAGAUCUUGACCGAGAACUUCCUCUUCGACGAAGAAGCGUACAAGCAAUACAGUCGAGUCUACCUUCCGAUUACUUACGUGCUGAGCUACGCCUUACAGUUCGCCGGUCUCACAGCUCUGCUUUCGCACACUGGCCUCUGGUACGGAAAGGACAUCUGGAGACAAUGGCGUCGCUCUUGGGCAGAGAUCCGGAAAGAAUCAGCAGCUGACUACCAGCCACUGGUGAAUGGUGCCGACAACAACAGCCCCCCAACCUCGCCUGCGAUAUUGCGACACAGACCCAGUACGACUUCAGACCCAGACGUGGAAGACCUGCUAUCUGCGGAAGAUGUGCACAACCGACUUAUGCGCAAAUACGAGGAUGUGCCGAUAACAUGGUACCUUUUGACUGGUAUUAGCAUGGCUGCUGUCGGCAUGUUCGUCGUCGAGUACUAUCCCGUCCAUCUACCUUGGUACGGCCUCUUGCUAGCACUUGGCAUCGGCGCAGUCCUCUUCGUCCCCAUUGGCAUCGUCAUGGCCAUCACAAACCAACAAAGCAGCAUCUACCUCAUCUGCCAACUGAUUUGCGGUGUUGUGUUCCCUGGUCGACCCGUCGCAAACAUGGUCUUUACGACUUUCGGCUACAUCUCAGCAACCCAAGGCCUAAAGUUUGCUUCCGAUCUCAAGCUAGGUCACUACAUGAAGAUCCCACCUAGAAUCCUCUUUAAGCUCCAACUCUCCGUCACCAUCAUCUCAAGUCUAACACAGAUCGGUGUUCUAAACUGGAUGUUGAAUAACAUCCCCGGUAUCUGCACACCCUCAGCCAUUAACGGCUUCAACUGCCCCAUCGCCCGCGUCCACUUCAACGGAAGUAUCCUUUGGGGUGUCGUCGGACCAGGAAAGUUCUUCGGCCCUGGUGCACUCUACCAACACUUGAUCUGGGCCUUCCCCAUCGGCGCCAUCGCACCUGUCAUACUCUGGUACCUCGCUCGUGGCAACCGCAAGUCCAUUCUCAGCAAAGUCAACCUCGCCGUUGUGUUUGGUAGUUUGAGUUGGAUUCCGCCUGCUACCGGACUCAACUUCUCCGUUUGGGCGAUUGUGUGUUAUAUCUUCAACUACGAGAUUCGCAACCGGAGGAACGCUUGGUGGAAGAAGUACAAUAUGAUGCUUAGCGCGGCUUUGGAUUCUGGGCUUGCGUUUGGUGUUGUGGUCAUCUUCUUUGGCAUUGUGUACCCCGGUUGGAUGAGUAACUUCAAGUGGUGGGGUACGGAAGUUUAUAAGCAGGGUUGUGACUGGCAAGCCUGCCCAUACAAAGAAGUACCCAAAGGCGGAACUUUUGGACCGGGGAGUUGGUGAUUCCUUGAUUACACGCGUUGAGCUUGCUUACUCACAUUGGCAUACGCAUUAGACGACCGGCGUUCACGAGUGGAGUUUGGGGUAGACACGUUAUUGGAUACACUACAUCGAUCGUUUGAGCAUUAUGAUCACGCUCGCGACUUGCAUGUUAUUUUUAGGUACUGUCGCUGGAUACAAUGAAUCUCAUUGCUAUUCUCUC